AUGGCACAUGGAGCAGCAGCAUCAGGCGGCGCCGCCUCCGCCGCCGCGCGGGCGAGCAGAGGCGCGCCGGGGACGUGGAGGCGGGUGCGGAGGGCGGCGCGGGAGGCGGCGGCGCACGCGCUGCUGCUCUGCUUCACCACCCUCCUCGCCCUCAAGCUCGACGGCGUUCUCUUCUCCCGCUCCUGGUGGGUGCUUUUCAUUCCUCUGUGGUUAUUCCAUGCUGCCGUUGUUCGGUAUAGAUUCUCAUUGCCUGCUCCUUCGUUGCUUCAAAAUUACCAGCGGAUUCCAUGCCAUUCCAUUGUUGCCACACCCUUGCUAGUUGCUUUUGAACUUCUUCUCUGUAUCUACCUUGAAGGCCAGGGUGAACCUUUUCUAGAUUUAAAGCUUGUUUUCCUUCCACUCCUGGCCUUGGAAAUUAUUACGUUAGUUGACAAUUUCAGGAUGUUUGGUGCUCUAAUGCCUGGACAUGGGGAAACAAUCACUGAUGAGGAGAUAUGGGAUAGGCUUCCUCACUUCUGGGUUGCAAUUUCCAUGGUGUUUCUACUAGCAGCUACUUCACUCAUGCUUCUCAAGCUAUGCGGUGAUGCAGUUACUCUGGGGUGGUGGGAUUUAUUCAUUAACUUUGGGAUUUCCCAGUGCUUUGCUUUUCUUGUCUGCAUAAGGUGGUCCAAUCCAAUGGAUAUUGGUGGCCCUGUACUGAUAAUUCCUAUCGUAAUCUCUCAAGUUCUCCUAUGUGUGCGCUUAGAGGGUACUCCAUCUUAUGCACGGUUUAUCCCAGUUCGAGUUAUUUUCUCACCUAUACUUUUGCUCCAAGUGGUUGCUGUACUGUUUGCCGUUUGGAGAUUCUUUGAAAGGCUUGUUAUGAAAUUACAAGAUGGAAUUGUUAGUGAAGGAUAUAUUUCUGUCUCAUCAAAGAUUGAUGAGUUGUUUAAGAUGGUACAAUAUGGUUCAAGGCUCAUUACAUGGUCUAUUGACGAAGAUAGCAAAGAGGAACAAGCACAUUUAUGCUAUACAAAUAACAUUGGGUAUAAUACAUUUUGCAGUUAUCCCCCUGAGAUGGUAAAAGAGAUGCCGAAAAAAGUUCUUGUCAAAGAGAUACAAAGACUUCAGUUAGCAUUGGGAGAGCAAAGCAAAAUGGCAAUGCUUAGCCAACAGCAGUGUGAGAGGCUAAAGAAUGAACGGAUCUUAUGUCGAAUUUGCUUUGAGAGGGACAUCUGCAUUGUUCUGCUUCCAUGCCGCCAUCAUGUUCUAUGCGAACCUUGCUCUGACAAGUGCCAAUCAUGCCCGAUUUGUCGAGUGCCUAUUCGGAGCAAGUUAUCCGUUAGUGAUGCAGUGAAUUCAGACGAUCCGUUAAGUGACAUCGUCUAG